GUAUACAAAAAGAAAACUGAAGCUGCCAAGAAGGAAUAUCUGAAGCAGUUAGCUGCCUACAGAGCAAGCCUUGUAUCCAAGAGCUACAGUGAACCUGUUGAUGUUAAAGCCUCCCCACAACCACAGAUGAUGAAUUCAAAGCAGUCAGUGUUUCAUGGGCCCACCCAGGCUCAUUCUGCACUGUACCUCAGUUCCCACUACCACCAACAACCAGGAAUGAAUCCUCACAUCACUGCCAUGCAUGCCAAUAUCCCCAGGAACAUAGCGCCCAAGCCCAACAACCAAAUGCCAGUGACUGUUUCCAUAGCAAACAUGGCUGUGUCCCCACCGCCACCUCUUCAGAUUAGCCCCCCUCUGCACCAGCAUCUCAACAUCCAGCAACACCAGCCAAUUUCAAUGCAGCAGUCCAUUGGAAACCAGCUACCCAUGCAGGUCCAGUCUGCUUUGCAUUCACCUACAAUGCAGCAAGGAUUUUCUCUUCAGCCUGAUUAUCAGAAUAUCAUCAAUCCAACAUCAACAGCUGCACAAGUUGUUACCCAAGCAAUGGAGUAUGUUCGUUCAGGGUGCAGAAAUCCUCCAGCGCAGACUGUGGACUGGAAUAAUGACUACUGCAGUAAUGGGGGCAUGCAGAGGGACAAAGCACUCUACCUUACCUGAAAAUCUGAAACACCUUUCCACUGAGGAAUGCAGGGAAGUCUUUUCAUCAUGGAUUGCUUUAUGCAGUCAAGGCAGUUCUGCAUUUUAUUAGGAAAUACAAGUUGCUAAGCACUUAGGACUAUUUGAGCUUGUGGGUCACCCACUCUGGAAAAAAUAGUCUUGCUUCUUUCUUUUUCUUCCACCCCCACCCCCAUUUUUUCUCUUUCUUUCUCCUUUCCACCCCUACCCUGAGAUCCUUUAACGGACAUUGCUUUUCUUCUUCCCUGAAGGAAACUUGGACCAUUCAGAUUUUAUGUUGGUUUUUGCUGUGAAGUGCUGCGAUAGUAACUGCCUUAGCAACUGUAGAUGUCUCGGAUAAAAGUCCUGGAUUUUCCAUUGGUUUUUCAUAAUGGGUGUUUAUAU